ACACAAGAUAUCAGUUCAGCUUCUUUUCAACUGACUUGACGAGCAUCUCUGUAAUAAUGAAGAUGUUGGCAGGCCUUCUGGUGCUGAGUGUGUUGGCAGCGGUGGCCACGGCGACCACGCCCACGUGUCCUGAGGACGACGGCGCCACGCCCGUCUUCUUCCCUGACGACACGGACACACACGGCUACUGGGAGUGCAGCAACGGCAAAGCCGUCCACAUGGUGUGCCCCGACGGACUCGUCUGGAACUCCAAUAUCAACAACGCCUGUGACUGGCCGGACUCCAGGAAAUAGAAGAUGCGCGCUUGCUGCAUCCAAAGAAAGGAUCUCUUACCCAGUGAUCUUCGCCCUCCAACUCGAGUUUGUUAUCAGAAUCAUAC